CUACUGGAAGCGCGAGUACACCACGUGACCGCACACGUCGACGUUGUACAUGGCGGCCUCCUUGAGCCUAAAUGAACACAAGGGACUGUAGAGUUUUGAGGAGCGCUUUCUGAUACCGAGACGGUCUUUUUUUCCGUAAGACACCACCAUGUCCCCGAAGAUCACGGUGGAGCUGCUGAGGAACCUGAGGCAGGCGAUGAAGAAUGGAAAAUAUUUCACCGAGCCCAUCCAGGCGUACAUCAUCCCUUCAGGAGAUGCACAUCAGAGUGAAUACAUCGCACCGUGUGACUGCAGACGUGAGUUUAUCUGCGGAUUUAACGGAUCGGCAGGCACUGCUAUCGUGACGGAGCAGCACGCCGCCAUGUGGACAGAUGGACGCUACUUCCUGCAGGCCAGCCAACAGAUGGACAACAACUGGACUCUGAUGAAGAUGGGUCUGAAGGAGACGCCAUCGCAGGAGGACUGGCUCAUCAGCAUCCUGCCAGAAAACUCCAACGUUGGAGUCGACCCCUGGAUCUUCGCCUCUGAUCAGUGGAAAAGCAUGGCGAAAACACUGAAAAGUGCUGGACACAGUUUGAUUGCCGUUCAGGAAAAUCUCAUCGACGCAGUUUGGGAGGACCGACCUGCUCGACCCAGCAAUCAGCUCAGCGUCCUGGGGCUUAGCUAUACCGGUCUGAGCUGGCAGGACAAGAUCGUGCAGCUGAGGGGGAAGAUGGCGGAGAGGAAGAUCUCCUGGUUCGUGGUGACGGCUCUGGACGAGAUUGCAUGGCUUUUUAACCUGCGUGGCUCAGAUAUCGAGUACAACCCCGUGUUCUUCGCCUACGCCAUCAUCGGAAUCAGCAAUAUACGGCUGUUCAUAGACACGAAGCGUGUGGAGGACCCGGUGGUGAGACAGCACUUGGAGCUGGACUCGGCCGCCAAGCCUGAGCUGAGCGUUCAGUGUUUACCGUACGAGAGCGUGUACUCAGAGCUGAAGGCCGUAUGCUCUACUCUCUGCCCUAAAGACAAGGUGUGGAUCAGCGACAAGGCCAGCUGUGCUCUCACCCAGGCCAUCCCGAAGAUCCACAGAUCUCCAAUCCCAUACACACCCCUGUGUCUGGCCAAAGCAGUGAAGAACCCCACAGAAAUCCAGGGCAUGAAGAACGCGCACAUUAGAGAUGCCGUGGCAUUGUGUGAGCUUUUUGCCUGGCUGGAGAAAGAGAUUCCUAAAGGUACAGUGACUGAGAUAUCGGCUGCAGAUAAAGCUGAAGAACUGCGCAGUCAACAGAAGGAUUUUGUCGGUCUCAGUUUUCCCACCAUCUCCAGCGUGGGACCAAACGGUGCCAUCAUUCACUACCGGCCACUUCCUGAGACUAACAGGACUCUGUCUCUGAAUGAAGUUUACCUGAUUGACUCUGGAGCACAGUACAAGGACGGAACAACGGACGUGACGCGUACUGUUCACUUCGGGACUCCAAACGACUACGAGAAGGAAUGCUUUACGUACGUCCUGAAGGGCCACAUCGCCGUCAGCGCUGCCGUUUUCCCCAACGGAACUAAAGGUCACCUGCUGGACUCAUUUGCGCGUGCCGCCCUGUGGGAGUCCGGACUGGAUUACUUGCACGGCACCGGCCACGGAGUCGGCUGCUUCCUCAACGUCCAUGAAGGACCCUGUGGCAUCAGCUACAAAACCUUUGCAGAUGAACCACUGGAGUCCGGAAUGAUCCUCAGUGAUGAGCCUGGAUAUUAUGAGGACGGCUCCUUCGGCAUCCGACUGGAAAACGUUGUGGUGGUCGUUCCUGCGAAGCCUAAAUAUAACUACAGGAACAGAGGCAGUCUGACGUUCGAGCCCCUGACUCUCGUCCCCAUUCAGUUGAAGAUGAUUAACACGGACCUGCUGACGCAGAAGGAGCGUGACUGGCUGAAUGAUUACCACCAGCAGUGCCGUGAGACGGUUGGAGCUGAACUGCAGCGACAGGGCAGGAAGGAGGGGCUGGACUGGUUGAUCAGGGAGACUCAGCCAAUCACAUAAAGUCCACUCAUUUAUAUUUAACCUUGUCAUAACGGAUCUGAUCAGAAAUGUCUUUUUGAACUAAAUUCUCUUCAUUCUGACACACACACACACACACACACACACUUCACUUCUUUUACAAUACAAUAAAACUGAAAGUGCUCCA